GGAACUAUAAGCCUUUCCGUUUGGUUUCACCCGCCGUGGCAUUUGCAACUUUUGCCAUUCGCGCGAUGAGAACUGGAGAGACAUUGGAGGCUACAAGACUAUUCUCGUCCUUUUCACCGAUCGUUCUUCUGGCAGCACCUCUAUCAUCAACUUUGGAAGCAAUUCUGGAUUUGCACUCAACUUUGGCUUGCUUUGAUCGCACCCAAAGCUUUCUCUCGCGCGACUCACGACACGACCCUCGCUUUCUUAUCGCGGCCCCUUGGCGGAUCAACCGACAUGUUCUGGUGCCUUCGCUUGGUAUGCAACUGAGAGAUAUAUCUUUUAUCUUAGUCAGUGGAGGCACAGUGGCAGAAGUACUUUGCUCAAAGGUCUUCUGGGAGAGGUUCCUGUGGCCACUGGCAGCAUCAGGGUGUCUCAAUCUCGCACGUCGUGGUGUGAUCAGUCUCUUAUUCAACCAUUUCAACUCCGAGUUAUAUCAAAAAGGCAUCCCCGCUUGUGGCUUACAGAAGGACAAAAGUUAAUAUUAUAAUGGCGAUGAAACUCUAAGUUAGUUGGUAAUAAAG